AUGUCGGAGUAUGGAGCGGGUGCGGACAGGCAUCCUGUCGUUUCGUUCUUGUCUGCUUUCUUUUGGGUUAUACUGUACCUUUUGUCCUGGGUACAAUGGGCUGUGGCGUUCGUGACCAUCACUAUCCCAAGGCUCAUAUAUUUCAUUCUAUCCUACUCAAUGACAUUGACGCUCAACUUUUGGUCUUUCGCCAUCAUGUUCGUCCUCUCCGGAGUGGCCCUCAAUUACUGGAUCCGUUUCCGUUACUUGAACUCCUACGCGAACCUCGUAGAGAAACCAUUAGAGAAGCCGGAUGCGCAGGCCUUACAUCCGGACGUUAAUACCACGGACCCUCCACCUGCGUUUCACAACUAUUUGGACGAGUUCUUGCAGGCUGUUAGGGUUUUUGGAUUCUUGGAGAAACCGGUCUUCCACGAAUUGGCGAGGCAUCUGCAGACGAGACGAUUGAUUGCUGGGGAUAGUCUGUCCCUUGACCAGGACAAGAGUUUCUACUGCGUCGUUGAUGGAACGGUCCAAGUCUUCGCACCCAGUGGAAAGCAGAAAGAGUCGCAAAGCGGAUCAUGGGACAACGAGGACAUGAACGGUUACGAACUCAUGAACGAAGUCGGCAGCGGCGGCACCCUUUCCAGUCUCUUCACCAUUCUCAGCCUGUUCACCGAAGACGUCAAGAUCAGCGCCGCGGCCGAACCAGGGAUGGACACUGAGACCGACUUGGAUAACGACGGGCUGACGAUGCCCCCCUCCGCUGUCCGUACACGUCUCAACCGCGCGAAUUCGGACGUUUCGCAUUUCGAUCUUAGUUUGCCUGGGCAAACGGCUGCUCCGUUGCGGUCCCCCUCUGUUCGUAGCCGUACGUCGAGUGCUCCGUCCACGCCCCAGCGCCGAUCGACUCCUGCUCCUUCGUAUCCACAACGGGGUCAGCAGCGCAAGAUGCCCUCUCUCCAUCCGCAUCAGAUCCAUCAUGGAACUGUGGCACGGGCGACUGAGGACUCGACGUUGGCUGUGAUUCCGGCAGAGGCUUUCCGUAGGUUGACGAAGAAGUUUCCAAAGGCUACGGCCCACAUUGUUCAAGUUAUCAUGACCCGGUUCUCACGCGUGACGUUCAACGCCGCACAUCAGUAUCUUGGUCUGACCACCGAGGUUCUGCGCACCGAGAAGGCCAUAAACGACAUCGCCUGCCAUCCCCUUCCGCCUUCAUUCUUCGAAGGUGGCGGUAUGGAGCAACUGCGCCAGCGGUUCGACGCCCCUGCUGAACCCAGCGACUACUUCAGCCACGUUGGCCAUACGCCCUCGACCACAACGUCAACUACCACCUCGUCAUCCACCCCGUUAUCCCCAGGAGGCCCACGCAAGUUCGAUCGCAGUCAGUCGAUAUUCAAGUUAUCUCAAAGUCCAGAGGCGAUGAAGCCCAGAACGCCCGACGCCAUUAAACGCCCAUCGCCAAAGUUCCUCGAUACGAUGCGCGCACGCUCGAAUCGACACCUCCAACAGGCCGGAGAUCUGCUCAGCUCGACGAACCACUCGAACGACACAUACAGGCUCCCUCGACAGUUCAGCUACAUGCAGGCACCGAAGUUCAGACGCGACAUUUCUCUCGAGAAUGAAGCUUCGACGGCACUCAAUCAGUCUGAGCACCUCACUCCGGGAGAGGACUUUGAUCUUCGGGAGGAAGUUAUGAGUUGCAUUGCGGUGUCGAUUGGGCUGUUGCAGCCCCCGAUGAGUGGAGAUGGCUCAGCGGAGGCUUCGCCAGCGGUUUCGGCCGUCGAUGGACAUGGUCUACGCGGUGGGAUGGCGUAUCCCUCCUCUUUUGGCUCUUUGUCGCUUCUGGAUAUGGCUGACGACCAGUCAAGUAUGACUGGUGGUUCGUCGUCGCUCACUAUGAACGGCGGGUACUUGAGUGGCCUGGACAAUGAGGUUGAGAUUCUGUUCUUCUCCGCCGGGUCCUACCUCGCUCGUGCAGGAGAGAGAAAUACGGGAUUGUUCUAUGUCAUCGAGGGAUUCUUGGAUAUCCUGCUGCCAGAAUUGUGGAGCGCUAGUACGGAAUCGGUCACCAGCGGCUCGACGAAGGGGACCUCGAAACCAUCGAAGCCGACGAACCCUCAGUCGACUGAACGGGGUCCGAAGGGUCGUCAUUUGUUCACGGUGAAACCUGGAGGGAUCGCUGGUUAUCUCGCCUCGUUGUCCAACAUCGCCUCCUAUGUCGACAUUCAGGCCAAGACGGAUGCCUAUGUCGGAUUCUUGCCACAUCAUGCGCUGGAGAGAUUGCUGGAGAAGCAGCCCAUCGUCCUCCUCACGUUAGCCAAACGUCUCAUCUCCCUUCUGUCUCCUCUUGUUCUUCAGAUCGACGCCUCUCUAGACUGGGUGCAGGUCAACGCCGGACAGGUUCUAUGGCGAGCAGGCGAUGCCAGUGACAGCUUUUACAUCGUCAUCAACGGCCGUCUUCGCGCCAUCACCGAGAAGGAACAAGGCAAGGUGAACAUCGAGGCGGAAUACGGUCAGGGCGACACGGCAGGCGAGAUCGACGUUAUCACGAGUACUCCGCGCAGGAACACUGUCCAUGCCAUUCGAGACACGGAGCUGAUUCGCAUGCCACAAACACUGUUCAAUGCCAUCUCGUCUCGGAACCCUCAGACAACCGCUCUGCUGUUGCGCAUGAUAGCUUCGCGAGUUCGCGACGAGAUCGACACUGCUUCAAUAGCUCGAACACGCAACCCAGCCACCGAACUCCGACGCAAUAACGCCAAACUAAAGACAGUCGCCAUUCUUCCAUCCACUCGGAAUAUUCCCAUCGAAGCGUUCGCUCGACGUCUACAUGCCGCAUUGGAGAGUAUCGGUACUCCGACGUCGUACCUCAACCAAGCGUCCAUAUCCAACACGCUCGGUCGACAUGCUUUCACGCGCAUGGGCAAGUUGAAGACCGCGGCUUGGUUGGCUGAUCAGGAGCAACGGUACGAUAUAGUGCUGUAUGUGGCGGACUCCGUCGUCAGUAAUUCGUGGACGCAGACAUGUAUACGUCAGGCGGAUUGCGUGAUGGUGCUCGGGAUGGGCGAGGAUCCGUCGAUUGGGGAGUAUGAGCGACUUCUGCUAUCGAUGAAGACGACGGCUCGAAAGGAGCUGAUACUCCUUCACCCUGAUCGGUCUGUGGUACCGGGUUCCACCCGGGAGUGGCUCAAGACUCGUCCUUGGAUACACCAACACAUUCAUGUUGAACUUCCGGGCCUUAAAGUCCCAGAGUCCAGGCCGAUACCUUCGACACCCCAAGACCCAGCAGCCGUGGCGGCGCUCAAGAAGGUGAAAGACAGGGUCCAAAGUGAAUUACAAAAAUAUCGUGGAACGCGUGCUGGAGUACGCCCACCACGCCCACCACACUCGAACGAUUUUGCUCGACUUGCUCGGAGAAUAUGCGGUACUUCAGUCGGUGUGGUCCUUGGUGGCGGUGGCGCUAGAGGUCUUUCUCAUCUGGGAGCAUUGCGAGCACUGGAAGAAUACGGUAUACCAGUUGACCACAUCGGUGGCACCAGCAUUGGUUCUUUCAUUGGUGGUCUGUAUGCCAGAGAAGGCGACAUCAUAUCCAGCGCUGGUCGCGCAAAACAGGCCAGUGCUAGGCUGGGCAACAUUUGGAGAAUGUUGUCUGAUGUCACGUAUCCUCUUGUUGCUUACACCACUGGUCACGAGUUCAAUCGAGCCAUAUACAAAUCAUUCUACGACCUUCACAUCGAGGACAUGUGGCUCCCCUUUUUCUGUGUUUCUACAAAUAUCAACGCUUCUAGGAUGGAGCUCCACGAGACCGGUUAUGCCUGGAGAUUUAUCCGUGCCUCCAUGACUCUCGUUGGUAUCCUUCCUCCGCUCUGUGAUAACGGUAACAUGCUUGUCGAUGGCGGCUAUCUCGAUAACUUGCCGGUAUCAACUAUGUUUGAGAUGGGGCCAAAAGUUGUAUUCGCUGUCGACGUCGGUUCGAUUGACGACAAUUCACCACGUAACUUUGGCGAUACGGUGUCAGGAUGGUGGCUUCUAAUUAAUCGCUGGAACCCUUUCUCAAGUGCGAGGACCGUGCCUCCCAUUGCUGAGAUUCAGAGUCGACUAGCAUAUGUCUCGAGUGUACGUACUCUUGAGGAAGCCAAAGUCGCUCGUGGAUGCUUGUACAUGCAAAUGCCCGUCCAGGAGUUCGGUACCCUGCAAUUCUCACUGUUUGAGCAGAUACAGCAAAAAGGAUACACGUCCGCGAUGGAGAUGUUGGCCAAGUUUGAGGAGGAGGGCAAGUUACCGUCGGGCUAUGGAGACGGGAAAGAUGCUGCGUCGAAACGCAAGAAGAAGGGGCAGAGUGCGCGGAGGAACUCGGUUUGA